CCACUGAUCAGCUCCGCUGUCCCUCCAAACGCCUCCGCUGUCCCUGACCCCAGGGACUUCCUCUCCUUGACGUGAUAUCACUGCACCAGCCGUAGACCCUUCAUCUGUGCCCUCUUGUGUGCGUUGGAGCUGCGUGCCUGCCAACCACAACAUAAGCACCAGCCUCCUAGCAACAAACCUCCCGGCUACCCCACACCCGACCUCAUACACAAACACCGUGUCAUACACUUACGACCGUGCAUGGCCCAGGCCAGAGUAUGAACUCUCUGAGUGCCCUUGCAAACCUUGGCACACCCCCAGCAAGCCCGGCUCGAUCGCGACGCGGCUCUGAGGGCAACGUCCACCAAGCACAACCUCGGUCCGGCCUGUCGCAAUCCCCCGAUAAUGCGAGCGCAAAUAUAGCAUCACUCGACGAGAAGCUGGAGGGUGCCAUGGCUUCGGAAAGAGCAGGUAGAUCUGGUAUCUCUCCCGCCAAUGCGCCUCCGUCCGGACACGACGAAAAGACGCCGCUGCUUGCCCAGUCAAAUGGUGCCUUUGAACAGACGAAGCCUCGCAAGCGCUGGCUGUACCCGAAGCGCGUGCUGGAUGGUGUCGUUGGAGGCGUUGCCGUGCUGCUAAGCCCUAUUGUGUACACGGGCCAGUACCUGGUCGCAUGCUUUUACUACGAAGAGGACGGGCGCUUCUCCUUGGCCGCACCUCUGUACCACAUGACCCGUGUCGUCCGAGGCCCGCGACGAAAGAAAACAGCCUCCAGAACAAUGCGCGCACCCGGUUCUUCCGAAGCCAACGAAAAGGGACGGCGAGGAAGCAGACGGCUGAGCGUGACGCAGUCGCAGACACGGAAGUUGGCACGGAGGUCCCCCUCAAUAGUUUCGACGUCCACAGCCAUCACUUCAGACUCCGAGAUUGAAAGCGAACGACCACGCACGCGCGACGAAGACAUGGACUUUCCGUCACGCCACACGCGCUCCAAGUCAAACGCAUCAUCAACAACGGAGGAGAUUGCUCCAGCGAAACGAUCCAUUCGAAUCAAGCUGCACAACGAGGAUGCGUUGAGGCAACGAAAGAAGGCGCAGUCGAAUAGCCAAGUGUCGGCAGAAGCUGCAAAUGCCCUCAAGUCCCCUACUGGACCCCUGAUUGCAGCCGCAAAGCACAAGUUCCCACGCGCACCACACCCCCCGCGUCCGCUCGUACCAAGACGGCAGCCGUCGUACUCUGCAAAGGGGGCCUCUGCCGUGGGGCCGCAUCAGAAGACACUCAUCCUGGAUCUCGACGAGACGCUGAUACACAGCAUGGCAAAGGGCGGCCGCUUUCAGACUGGCCACAUGGUGGAGGUGAAACUGCAGGCUUCGGUUGGCGCAGGGGGCCAGAUCAUCGGCCCUCAGGUGCCCAUCCUGUAUUACGUGCACAAGCGCCCGUUCUGCGAUGAGUUUCUGAAGAAGAUCUCGAAGUGGUACAACCUGAUCAUCUUCACAGCCUCUGUUCAGGAAUACGCCGACCCCGUCAUCGACUGGCUGGAGGUCGAGCGCAAGUACUUCGCCGGCCGGUACUACCGCCAGCACUGCACCUUCCGCAACGGCGCGUACAUCAAGGAUCUCGCGCAGGUGGAGCCCGACCUCAGCAAAGUCAUGAUUCUAGACAACAGUCCCAUGAGCUACAUCUUCCACGAAGACAACGCCAUUCCCAUCGAAGGCUGGAUUAGCGACCCUACAGACUACGAGCUGCUGCACCUCAUUCCCCUGCUGGAAGGUCUGCAGUACGUAACUGAUGUGCGCGCGCUGCUUGCCCUGCGACAGGGGAUGCCGUCGUCGGCGUGAUAGCGUUAUGUACUACGCAUUUAUUAUUGUAUAAUAGACGCUGGCUUGCCAGCAGUUGACCUGAGGAGAUACCCAACAUGUUCUGCAAUGUUUACAGAUGGUGUCCUCAG